CCGGAAGUGUCGGUAAUACGGCGCCUGAAGCCGGCGCUGUGAGGCUGAGGAGAUGAAGUCGGUGUUGAUGGUGGCGGAGAAGCCGUCCCUGGCUCUUUCCAUUGCUAAGAUCCUAUCGCGGGGUAACUUGAACUCACGAAAAGGUUUGAAUGGAGUAUGCUCUGUUCAUGAGUACACUGGGACCUUCCUGGGGCAGAAUGUCCGAUUCAAGGUGACAUCGGUCUGCGGUCACGUGAUGACCUUGGAUUUCAUAGGAAAAUAUAACAAUUGGGACAAAGUUGAUCCAGCAGAACUUUUCAGCAAAGCACCGACAGAAAAGAAGGAAGCCAACCCUAAACUCAAUAUGGUGAAGUUUUUACAGGUAGAAGGGCGAGGCAUUGACUACAUUGUCCUCUGGCUGGAUUGUGACAAGGAAGGAGAAAACAUCUGCUUUGAGGUACUGGAUGCCGUUAAACCUGUUAUGAACAUUCUCCAUGGAAAUGAAAGGGUGAUAUAUCGUGCAAAGUUCAGUGCUAUAACCGACAGUGACAUUAGCAAAGCCAUGAACCAUUUGGGAGAACCUAAUCGGAACGAAGCACUGUCAGUUGAUGCGCGUCAGGAGCUUGACCUGAGAGUGGGUUGUGCUUUUACAAGGUUUCAGACUAAAUAUUUUCAGGGUAAAUAUGGGAAUUUGGACAGUUCUCUCAUCUCAUUUGGACCCUGUCAGACACCCACUCUUGGUUUCUGUGUAGAAAGACAUGACAAGAUCCAGUCCUUCAAGCCUGAGACGUACUGGGUUCUGCAAGCAAAGGUCAGUAAUUGUGCCGGUGAUUCCAUGGUUCUAGACUGGGACAGAGUCAGAGUUUUUGAUCGAGAAGUGGCACAGAUGUAUCUUAAUAUGACAAAAUCUGUGAAAGAAACAAAGGUGCAAUCUGUGAGUAAAAAGGAAAAGGUGAAGCAAAGGCCACAGGCACUUAACACUGUGGAGAUGUUACGUGUAGCAAGCUCGGCCCUGGGGAUGGGCCCUCAGCAUGCAAUGCAAGUAGCAGAGAAACUGUACACACAAGGAUAUAUCAGUUACCCUCGAACCGAGACCACACAAUAUCCAGAAAACUUUGACCUCAAAGGAACCCUCCGACAGCAGGCAAACAACCCCUACUGGAGUGAUGAGGUGAAAGCUUUACUUGCUGAAGGCAUCAAUCGUCCUCGGAAGGGCCAGGAUGUUGGUGAUCAUCCACCCAUAACCCCAAUGCGUUCAGCUACAGAAGCUGAAUUAGGUAGUGAUGGCUGGAGGCUUUAUGAGUACAUUACCAGACACUUCAUUGCUACAAUCAGCUUUGACUGCAAAUAUCUCCAAACCACAAUCACUUUCAGUAUUGAUGAGGAACAUUUUACUUGUUCGGGGAAGACUUUACUUUUGGCUGGUUACACUGCAGUGAUGCCAUGGCAAAGCCUAGCAGAUGAGGAGACCCUUCCAGUCUGUGAGCGAGGUGAUGGGUUUACUGUCAAUGAGGUCAAGCUGUUAGAGAAACAGACAAAUCCACCCGACUACCUGACAGAGUCAGAACUCAUCACUUUAAUGGAAAAACAUGGCAUUGGAACAGAUGCCAGUAUUCCUGUUCACAUCAACAACAUCUGUCAACGCAACUAUGUAACCGUGGAGAAUGGCCGCAGAUUGAAACCCACAAAUCUUGGGAUUGUUCUUGUUCAUGGAUAUUACAAAAUUGACCAGGAGCUUGUCCUUCCCACUAUCCGCAGUGCAGUGGAGAAGCAGCUUGGUCUCAUUGCUGCAGGCAAGGCUGAUUUCCCUCCGGUACUGGAGCAUGCUCUGAAUAUCUUCAAAAGGAAGUUCCAUUACUUCGUAGACUCAAUAGGAGGUAUGGAUGAAUUAAUGGAGGUGUCAUUUUCUCCCAUUGCUGAAACAGGGAAGCCUCUGUCCCGUUGUGGCAAGUGCCAUCGAUUCAUGAAGUACAUUCAGGCCAAACCAAGCCGGAUGCAUUGUUCCCAUUGUGACGAUACCUACAGCUUACCCCAGAAUGGAACUAUCAAACUGUAUAAGGAACUCCGCUGUCCACUAGAUGAGUUUGAACUGGUUCUCUGGUCUUCUGGUUCCAGAGGAAAGAGCUACCCUCUGUGUCCAUAUUGCUACAACCACCCACCAUUCCGUGAUAUGAGGAAAGGAAUGGGAUGUAACGAAUGCACCCAUCCGACCUGUCAGCAUUCAUUGAGCUUGCUGGGGAUUGUCCAGUGUGUUGAUUGUGACAGUGGUGUGCUGGUCUUCGACCCCACCUCAGGCCCCAAAUGGAAGAUGGCAUGUAACAAAUGCAACGUGGUGGUGCACUUCUUUGAAAAUGCCCACAGAGUGAAAGUAUCAUCUGAAACCUGUGACGUGUGCGAAGCAGCAAUCGUUGAUGUAGAUUUCAACAAAGCAAAAUCCCCGCUGCCUGGUGAAGCAACACAGCAUUCAGGCUGUGUCUUCUGUGAUCCAGUGUUUCAAAACCUUGUCGAACUUCAGUAUGCCAAAAUGAAACACCCAAUGCACAGAAGUGGUGGAGGACAGGGACGAAGACGGGGCCGAGGGAGAGGCAGGGGACGUAGAGCUCCAGGCAGGGGCAAUCCGAAGAAGCCCAAAGACAAAAUGGCUGCUCUAGCUGCUUAUUUUGUGUAGGUGUAAGUAAGGGAUUUGAAUAAUGCAUGGUUUGCAUUUUCAUUGCUUUGUUUAGGGAAUUUGUUUUCUUCCUGUUUUGCUCUAGCUGAAGAUCUGAAAUAAAGCCUGAAACCCCAAGGAAAUGAGGAAAAGGAAAAGAAAACUCAGAAGAAACUAUGGAAUCUGCAGGCUGUGCAGCUAGGAUUUGGGCACAUGACUGUGUCAAACUAAAAUAGCUCACCUUCAAAAUAAAAUAAAAUAUGUGGUUCAUGAGGCCUCCAGAUAUAUACAAAUGGUGCUAAAUUUAUUAUUAGUUUAGUUGUGUUGUUCAUGCAAUAUACAGUUUGCCUUGUCCUAGAAAUGUUUAAAGUUGUGCUUCACAUGUGUUGAGUAAUUUCUCUGAUUGCUGAGCUGGCAAAUGUAUGACAUGAUACAGCUUUGAGAAAAUCAGCAUUCAGUACUGAUCUCAGCCAUGGUAGGAAUGGCAGUAGAAAACUUUUUUUCGUGUUCUUAGUUAGGUACAGAUCAAGGGGAACUGACUGAGCACUUUUUACUCUAAAGAGCACAGUAUACAUGCAAGCCCAUAAAAUGAGAACAAGUCCUUCAAAAAGGAGAUCCAAUAUCCCUGCUCAUGAAUUGAGAAUUAUCAGUGCAAUAAUUUAAGCCUUGGAUUUUUGUUGUUGAAAUGUGUUGAAGUUGACAGGUUAAGUCUUCACAAAGUUCAGGAAGUAAGCAUUUGGGGAUGAAACAUGCAGUGAAAACAACGUGAAACAAGAAACUAAUCCCUUACUCACUCUUCCUUCAGUUAGUCCUGACGAAGGGUCUUGGCCUGAAACGUCGACUGCGCUUCUUCCUAUAGAUGCUGCCUGGCCUGCUGCGUUCACCAGCAACUUUGAUGUAUGUUGCUUGAAUUUCCAGCAUCUGCAGAAUUCCUGUUGUUUGCGUGAAACAAGUAUGUCAUGUUCAACUGGCACAAUGAAUAUUUGUCCAGGAGCAUUUCCAUUGCAUUAUUUAUAAUGUCUGACCACUCUGAACAAGAGUGAUAGUUUCAUACAAAACAGAACCAGGUCCUUUGGCUCAUCACAUCCUUACUAUUUGUUGUAAUUAUCUAUACUAAUCACAUUUGCCCAUAUUAAGUCCAUACCCUGCUAUGCCAAAUGCAGCUUACAAAUUGUGAUUACAUCUGCCUCCACCAUCUUAUCUGGCAGCAUGUCCCAGAUAGCGACCAAUCUGGUGAAACACUGUCCCCUCAGAUCCCUUGUAAACCUACUCCUAUUUGCCUUAAACCUAUGUCCUCUUGUUUUAGACACUCCUCCCCCAACCCCAAUAGGAAAUUUAUUCUUUCUAUAUCAAGCUUUUAAAUACCCCUAUCAGGUCACCACUCAGACUCCUUACAUCCUGGUGAACUUCCUCUGUACCUUCUUCAGCACAACUACAUCCUUUAAUCAACUCACGGGCUGAACACAUGUUGUGACAAAUACAAAAUGCUGGAGGAACUCAGCAGGUCAGGCAGCAUCUAUGGAAAGAAAUAAACAGUCAAAGCUUCUGGUCAAAGUGUCUUUGCCUGAAACGUGGACUGUUUAUUCCUUUCCAUAGAUGCUGCCUGACCUGCUGAGUUCCGCCAGAAUUUUGUGUAUGUUUCUCUGGACUUUCAGCAUCUGCAAAAUAUCUGGUGUUUAGAACUCAUAGCUGAGUGACUUUAAUGGGAGUAUAAUGGAGGCCUUUGCAGAGUUCAUUUUCCCCCAGUAACAGAAGAUAAAUUUCUCACCCAAAUGUUCUUAUGAAUGUUAACACACUUAUUGUUCUGGUACUUCUGAACUUAUCAAGUAUUCAACUUGCACAGUUUCUCCCAGUAAUUGUUUAACACUCUGUGGGUGAUGAUGGGUAGUUGUCCUUGAUUUUACCUGUUCUCAGGGAGAUACUUCAAGGAGAGAUUCAUGAGAAGAAACCUCUUCUUCAUCCAGAGUAUAGUCAAUCUCUGAGAUUCUCUGCCUCAAGGGGCUGGUGAGGCUGAGUUAUUGGCUAUAUUCAAGGCAGGAAUUGAUAGACAUUUCAAAAUUAGAGAAAUUAAGGCAAUGUAGAGUUAGUGCAGGAAAGUGCCACCGAGUUAAAAGAUGAACCGUGAUCUUAUUGAAUGACAAAGCAUGCUUGAGGGCAUAAACAGCACUUCUAUUUCUUAUGUGUUGGUAUUCUGAUUUUAAAAAAACACACACACAAAGUUUCUGUGUUUAUGUACUGUGGGUUUACCAGCCAGAAUAGUAAAAGCUGCCUGCACUUCUCAGUAUCACUGUCUAAGAAACAUGGAAAGCAAUUUUAAAGAAUAUUAUUUUCUCUGUAUCAAUAAGAUAGCUUGAAAUAAGCAACAACUAAAGUAUAUCUUAAUUCUAGAGAAGAUGGGAUCUACAGAGGAAAUAUACAAGGCUGCAAAAUCUGAUGUGUGUUGUAAGAACACUAGUUACUAUGCAUAUAUAUGUUUUGGCACACACUAAAGAUUCUUAUCCCUUUUAAAAAUUGAGUAAAUAAAUCAUC